AUGCGCAGUGGUGAUGGCGGGCGAGCGAGCAAGCAAGCCGUGAAGGCGAGAGGCGUCCCGCGGCGGCGGCGGCGGCUAAUGCGGGAAUGCGGGGCGUCGGGCGGCGUUGCGGUGGAGCCGCCGCCGCCGCUGCCGCCACCACCGCCGCCGCCGCCGCCUCCACCUCCACCGCCUCUGCCUCCUCCGCCCCCACCGCCACCCCCACCUGCAGUCGCGGCCCGACUGCCCGGGCCCGUCUGCGCUCUCCGAAAGCACUUCUGUCAACGGGCUGGCCGGCGCGCGCGUAGGCACCUUUUAACGAGGCGCAAGUGGAGGGACGGUGCGACGGUGUCGCCAGCGGCGGCUGCCCGCGAUUUACGAGUCGGAGGGUCGGUCCAGGCCACGCCACGCCACGCCACGCCGGUACGUCCCCACAGUCCUCCUCACCAGCUGCUCGCCGCCGACUCGGUGCGUUCCUUAAAAGCCGUUCUCACGCGGCACGAGGCAGCUAACGUUGACGUGGACGCGGGCGGGAAAUCGAGUCUCACGGGACGCAGCACCUGCGUCGCGUGGGACGUGCUAGUUAACUGGGACGGGGACGACUCGGAGCGCCGGCAGAGCCGCGCAGAGUGCGGCGGCCAGCAGGUUUCUGCGGCUGGCCGCGUUACGGCUCCAUUGAGCGACGGGGUGGCCGCGGUAUCGGCGUGCGGCGAUCACGCGAGGCGGCCACGUGGGCGUAAUGAGAGCGCGGCGGCAGACGCAAUUAAAACACGCCCCCAGCCCCCAGCCGGCACCUCGCCUCCUCCCCUACCGCCCAGAGUACAGUCGCUGUUCGAGCCGGCUGGCCUCGCCGCUGUCCACCGUCGCUGCCUGCCUGGUCACUCAACUUCACGGUCGUCGUACACUGCUGCUGUACGCACUUCCGCCUGUGGAGAACGUACUGUGGAAACACUCCCGCCAACUAAAUGA